AUGAAGGUGACAUCUCUUCUCGCGCUGGGCACGUUGGCGCUUGCCGCUCCCACCUCCUCCAGUGAGCAAGGCGUCAAGAUCCCCCUGUUGAAGCGAGGGUCAACCUUGCAGACCAACAGCGAUGGCAGCCUGAAUGUCCACUGGUUUUUCAACCAUCUCCGACACACUCUACUGAAGUACAACAAGCGCUUCAGCUUACCCGAGUUCCUCCUCGAGUCGAGCGGACUGCUCAAGCGUGAUACCGACGCCUCAGAGCCCUUGAUCGAUCAGAACGAAAGCGGUACUGAUGAAUUAUACUACGGCAGCGGCUUCGUCGGGGCUGCCAAGCAGGUCUUCACCUUCGACUUCGACACCGGCAGCAGCGACACGUUCGUGCCCGGCCCGACGUGCGGUACCGCACAGGGCUGCGUCGGCAGCACCAAGUACAACCAGCAGGGCGUGAACCGCGGCAACAAGACGACCAUCACCUACGGCUCGGGCCAGGUGGUCGGCAACAACUACCUCGACAGCGUCACGAUCGCGGGCCUGACGGCCGCGAACCAGAACAUCAUCUCGCUGACCAACGCCACGGGCUUCAGCAACACCGCCGCGGACGGGCUCAUGGGCAUGGCUUUCCCGGCCAUCUCCAACUCCAAGUCGAGCCCGUUCUUCUUCACCCUGAUCAACCAGGGCAAGGUCAGCCCGACCGAGUUCUCGUUCUACCUCGGACGGGCCCGGUCCGGGACGGCGGGCAACAGCGAGAUGUUCUUGGGCGGUCGCAACGAGGCCAAAUACACCGGCGCGUUCACCUCGGUCCCGGUGACGUCGCAGACAUACUGGCAGGUGGCCAUUGACGGCGCCAAUGUUGGAAGUUCGGGCGUAAUUGCAAACACCGCAGGCCAGGCCGCCAUCGACACUGGCACCACCUUGAUCAUCGCGCCAACCGCCGCUGCCUUUGCCCUCUACGCAAAGAUUCCCGGCGCCUACCCGAUCCCGUUCCUCGGCGGAAGCACUCAGCUCUUCGCAUACCCGUGCAAUUCCAAGCCGGCGGUGUCGCUGACGUUCGCGGGCAAGAAGUUCGCCAUCAACGACCAGGACUUCAACUUCGGGACUGCGAGCGAGGCGUUGGGGUUCUUCGGCUUCCUGUUCCCGGGGCAGUGCUUGGGGGGCAUCGCCGGCGCAGACCUGAUCCCGGGGAAGAGCCUGUGGAUCGUCGGCGACACUUUCCUCAAGAACUGGUACUCGACGUACAAGUAUGUGUCGCCGACCAGCGCGUCGGUGGACUUCGCCAAAGCUGUGUAG